GUGCGGGGGUAGGAGUGAGAUCGCUGAUUGGUCAGUCGCUGACCUCACGUUUUAGCGCCAAUUUCGAGGACAACCGUCAGCCGGGCAAGAUGUUCGUCAGUGAUUUGCGGAAAGAGUUUUACGAGGUGAUCGCCACCCAGGUAAGUCGGGACCGGGUCCGGCUGAGGGGCUGUGACACCAUUACUGCGACAUAACCGGGGGUGUUACCAGCGCUGGGUCACCGUGUGGGAGUAACUGAGUACACCAUGGGCAGUGACACGGCACUGAGUACCCCAUCCAUGGACAGUGACACGGCACUGAGUACCCCAUCCAUGGACAGUGACACAGCACUGAGUACCCCAUCCAUGGACAGUGACACAGCACUGAGUACCCCAUCCAUGGGCAGUGACACGGCACUGAGUACCCCAUCCAUGGACAGUGGCACAGCACUCCGUACACCAUCCAUGGACACUGAGUACACCAUGGGCAGUAACACGGCACUGAGUACCCCAUCCAUGGACAGUAACACGGCACUGAGUACCCCAUCCAUGGACAGUAACACGGCACUAAUGUGAAAACCAUCUAUUUAUCUGCAUGGAGAGUGCUGCUUUGUUUAUAGUGGGGCUCACAGUCCUUCGUUCAUUCACCCCAGUAAACACUAUUUCCAUGUUUACUUGGAAAAGUAUUGUGACAGAGAUACCAGAAUCUAUACAAAUCUGUAUUGCUAACACUAUAUACUGCCACCCACACCAUCACCGGGACACGUCAUGGGUGAAAAACCCUUUAUUAACUUACCUGAUUUCAGUCUCGUUUCAUCGCUCUGCCUCCCUCCUCCGACAUCAUCGGGAGGAGGGACCACGACUAAUGUGCCCGCCAUGCAUGCGCAUUAGGUGCUCCCCGUAUGAAAGCUUUGCCUUAAAGCAGGGGUUCCCAAUAAAUUUUUCCUGUGGAACCCUUUGACGGUUUAUCAACAUCAUGGAACCCCCCCUCUCCGGUAAAAAAAUAAAGAAUAAUUUGCGCAGUUUUUUGUAUGUGCUCAUAGUGACACACUGUGUGUGUGUAUCUGUGUUUGUAUGUGCCGUGUAUGAAUCUGACACAGAAACAGUGUGUAUCUGUCAGUGUGUGUAUAUCUGUGUUUGUGUUUAUAUGUGCCAGUGUGUGUAUCUAUGUUUCAGUGUGUGGGGCUGCUGGGCGUGCAGUCCCUGUCAUCCAGUGGAGUGGCUGGACAUGCGGUCCCUGGGGUCCAGUGGGGCUGCUGAGCGGCUGGGCAUGUGGUCCCUGGGGUCCAGUAGGGCUGGCGUGCGGGCGGCAAGGGAGCAGUGAUCUUCCUCCUCAGCUCCCUCGCACGCCUCUUCGUGAUGCUGGAGUGACAUUGUAUUCAGACUCCGGCAUCACUGCUGUUCGCGCGAGGGAGCUGAGCAUUGAAGAGUGCUCUCUUGCCGCUCCCUCGGCCAUUUUGUUUCCCGAAAUCUUGGCGGAACCCUAUUUGUGUUCUUGCGGAACACCAGUUGGGAAAUGCUGCCUUUUUAAAGGAUUCUAUAGUGCCAGGAAAACAAGUCAGUUUUCCUGGUACUAUAGGCUCUUGCAGUGCGCCUCCUCCCGCGUGGCUCAAGGUGUUAAAACCAGGAAGUCCCUCUAGUGACUGUCUGGUAGGCAGCCAUUAGAGGUGGUUAACUCUGUGGUAAUUUAUUGCAGUUUCUCAGAAGCUGCAAUAAUUUCCGCUGUUUGGUUAAAGGACACGGGGCAUUGCACCCAGACCACUUUAACGAGCUAAAGUGGUCUGAGUGCCUACAGUGUCCCCUUAAUGAGAUGAAGUGUUUCAAUGUCUACAGGGUCCCUUUAAAACAACAACAGAAAACACUUUGUUGCAGUGAAGUAGCUCUCCUUGAUGCAGUGGAGAGAUGCCUGUGCACUCCAGCACCUAACGGAGACAUUCCGUAUGUGUCCACACACUGCGUCUUCUCCAGCUGUGCUGUGUGCAUAUAAGAGAGAAUUUUAAAAUAACUUUUGUUUAGAAUUUAUAUCCUAGCCUGUCCCCGGUAGAUCUGGGCCGGUGCUGUGAUUGCCAGCUUUCAGGCACCUCUUUCUAUAUACUGUAUUUGCUUGAUUAUAAGAAGGGUUUGUUUUUUGUUUUGUUUUUUUCAGGAAAAAAAAGUGUGAAAAAACAAUGUGUCGGUGUGUAUGUUAGGUGACCUGCCCUCCUCCAAUCACAUAGGAAAGGUUUUCACUCACCUUUUUUCCCACGCCGUGCUGGCGAUCAAUCUUGUCAAUCUCAGCCAAUUCAAUAGGAAGCAUCUGUGUGUAUUGGAGUGUCAAGGUGUGUGUAUGGUAUACUCUUUGCAGAUAAUAGUGUUGUUUUUUUGCCAUAAAACAUUGUUUAAUCAUUAAAACAGUGGAUUUGAUUCCCCCACCCUUCAUAUUUAUGCCUUUCUUUUCUUUUUCAAUAAGAUCCAAAAUUAUGGGGGAUUGUCCUAUAAUCGAGCAAAUAGAGUAAUUGUCUGGGAACCAGGCUCAUUCAGAAUUACACUAAGUGUAUUUCUGAAAACGGUCAGUAGUUGUUGGCAAAAUAACACUAUUUACUGUAUUAAAUACAGUAAAACACAUUUCUAAUAUCAGAAUAGACCAGGGCUUGACAAAUUUGUUGGGAAUCUAGGAGACAGCUAAAAAAAGUUGUCAGAGAAAAGGCAGUGUUUAGAAACACCUCUACUCCAAGUCACUCACAUGACCACUACAGGUGCAGCACCUACAUUCAUUUUGACAGCCACUAGAGGAGGACUUAACCCUGCAAGGUAAUUAUUGCAGUUUAUAAAACAGCAAUAAUUACACUUGCAGGGUGACAGGAGUUGGCACCUAGAACAAUUCAGUGUGCUAAAGUGGUCUGGGUGCCUAGAGUGUUACUUUAAUGCUGUGGGGGAUGUCUAGAUUCUACAUAAUGAUAUUUUUGUGUAGCACCAUUUACACAUUAUAAUCUUCAAAUAUGAAAUUCAGAAAAUGUUUAGCUUUAAUAAUAAAUUAUUAGGACAUCAGAAGAAAGCCAUAUCUAUCCUUUAAAAAUGGAUACUAAAUGUUGGUGCACUUAAUGAAAAAGCAAAAACUUACUUUUGAACAAACCCAUUGCAAAACCGCAUCAAUCACAAAACACGUGUUAAAACCUUGUACACUAAGUAGUUAAGAAUAUUUUCUUUACAGUGAAUUGUGUUAGAACAUCAAUGUGGAUAUUCAAAUUGUGCCUCAAACAAGGAGACAAUUUUUUGCACAAAUAUACUUGCAUGAAUUAUCAGUUAUGCAAUUUUUCUUCUUCUUCCAGCGUGUCCUUCUCAUUGUUGCCCCAGAUGUUGACGCUCUGUGUGCUUGUAAAAUUCUUCAGGUAAUGUUUGGUUUACAUUGUGUCUUACUCUAGUAUUUCAUGUUAAUGGUAUCAUUCUACCUGAUUUGUGCUCGCUUUUUUUUUUUUCUUCAUAUGAAUAUAUGGUGAUGUGCAUUAGACUAAUUACUGAGGAAAACCUCUCUAUUUAAAUGUCUCACAGGCUCUGUUUCAAUGUGAUCAUGUGCAGUACACAUUGGUACCUGUAUCUGGCUGGCAAGAACUUGAAACUAUAUUCCUUGAGCAUAAAGAACAGGUGAGCAUUUAAGACCAUGGGACAUUUAACAUUGUCAGAACAGACUUUAUACAGUGAGUACUUUAAUGUUAAAGCUGCUCUUUCAUCUUUGAGGGCUUUUGCAUAUUUUGCAAAGACCCCUGAAGAUGACAUCCAUACUAUGCGGUGGCUAGAGAGUAAAGCUGGAGGAAAAUAUAUUUACCUGAAGCUCUUGCUGAUGAGGGGCCACAAUCUUUCUUCUUCACCUCCUAGUGCUUCUUCCACCAGGAGCCGUGCUCACUACUGUACUCUUGCACAUGCACAAGAGUAUGGCACAGAAGAUACCUCGGGAUCUUCCGUAGACUAAAUUGUGCAAAGAGAUGCCUCUUUCCCACAGCCAUUACUUAAGACAGCUGUGAUAAAACUUGACGGAAAGGUCGGCCCUUUAUCAAGUUUUGCCAGUUUUAGGCUUCUACUCAAAACAAAAUAGUACUACUUGAUGACUAGAUAAUAACUUUUGAUUUGUUGUAAUUUCAAUAAAAUUCCAAUGCAGUCAAUAUGAGUAUUUGAUAAAGAUGUAACCUCUAUGAAAUCCUAAAAUAAUGAUAUUGCUGUGACAAAACCACUUUGAGUGCAACUUGGUAGCAUAUACUAGUUAAAGGGACACUCCAUUGCCCAAAAACAAUUUAAAUAAAAUCACUGUUGAGUAGAUAUACCCCAAAUGAGACAUUUAAUCAGGUUAAUUUAAAAACAUGUCAAUUUCUAUUGAAAUCUGCACUUUUUGCAAAUUAAAACCUAGGACACAGUCUUCACACACAACACAUUCCAGCAGGCUAAAGUGCUUUAGGGAUCUGGAGUGUCCCUUUAAUGGAAUAGAUAUAGUUGCCUAUACAUUUGUAUUCCUUCUUUGCCUUAAUAUGUCUUUAUACUUUUAAUCCCCAAGCUGUCUUGAUGGUAGACCCAACUUCUUAAGAUUGGCCUGGAGUCUUUUCAGCUUAUUAUGAAUGUAGUAUGGCUAAUCAAUUUUUUUUUAAUUUUUUACAGUUCCGUUUAUUUGUUCUUAUAAAUUGUGGUGCAAAUGUUGAUCUUCUCGAAACGUUACAGCCACAGGAAGAGACCAUCUUCUAUAUCUGUGAUACUCACAGACCAAUAGAUGUGGUGAAUGUCUACAAUGAUAGCCAGGUACAGUACAUAUUUUAGAGAGGGAAAAAGGUUAAUUAUCUUAGCAUUAAAAUUUAUUAAUGAAUAACAUGACCCUAUUUCUGUUUUAAGAUAAAGCUGCUGAUUAAGCAAGAUGAUGAUCUUGAGAUCCCAAAUUACGAUGACAUAUUCCGUGAUGAUGAAGAUGAGGAUGGAGAGGAUUCUGGAAAUGACAGUGAUGGCUCUGAGCCAUCUGGAAAAAGAAGACGUUUUGAUGAGGUUAAUAAUUUAAGUUAGAUCUAUAUGUGUGAUUGUAAAUUGCCAAGUACACUGAUAUACUGUAUUGAUGCGAGCGUCGAUGAUGCAUAGCAUUAGAAUCCCAGAAGUAGCACGAUGCUGACAAAGACCAUUGAACUUGACUCUACCUUUUGUCAACCUGCAGGUUAUACAUAUGAAAAUGUAGUCCCUUUAAACAAAAGCAUGAUUUAAAGAACAAAAAAAAUAGUCCAGGGAGGAUUUUAGACACAGAAAAAAUGACAUAUCUGCUUUAAGUUAUGUGAUGGCAGCUCCCUGUAACUCAACCGGUUACCUCCGUCAAAUGGACUGCUUCCUAGGUGCACUGGGUAGGGGAACUAGCUCUGCUUGCUCCCAGGCACUGGACAGCCCUCAGUCCUGGGAGUUACAGUCCUUACAAGGAUUUUCCCCACUGCAUCCUCCACCAGCUGCGACAAUCUGGCACAGGCCCUUUCUUCUCCCCCAAUAAUUGGACAAGACAGAGUUCUGGAGGUACAAACACUGACAUUCUUUAUUGAAAAACACAGCUUUUAUGCACAGCCUACCACAGGGGGUCUUCAUUCAGUUCAGUACACUUUCAUUAGUCCCAGACAGGAGGGUGCUUGGUUACAGAUGGCCAUCUCACACCCUGGGAGAUACCAACAGCCCAUAAAGUUACACACAUUAAAACAUUUCACAUACAAGGGGGGAAACUUAGGUGCUCCGCGCCCUGGGAAGGGAAGGGGUCACACAUAUAAAAUAUGUCUCUCUAGCUAGCCCCGGGUCCCAGCUGGGAUCCAUGCAAAUAGCGGGGCUAUCUGAUGUACAGAGCCCAAGAAACCAUCGUGCAAAGUCUGGGCUCGAGGCUCUGUACAUUCCCGAAAGUAGUUCCAACUUUGCGCCUAAACCAAGCAACAACCAAUCAGCUGAAAUGCGGAAACCAAUUUGCGUCAAUUGGUGCUCAGGAAGGAGAGGGGUUUUGCCGCCCAAUCAGGAGAAUGGGCCUGAAACCCCGUUUAAAAGGGCGUUUCCUCUCUGAUCGGUCGCCUGCGACCAAUCAGCGCUCCCUCGUGCUGACCCAUCAGGAGAGUGGCGCAAACCCAGUUUGAAUAGGCACUCUUUCUCCUAUUGGUCGGCACGGACUUCCAGGCGGCCAGCGGAACCUCUGCGGCUAUGACGCCGACUCACAGCCACGAGCCUGGUCUCACAACUCCCAGGUAGGUGGAAAAGUAACUAUAGCUCUAUAUGCAUCCCCUGGUUGGUGUUUGGCUAUACGAACCGGGGGUCACCGAUCGGAGCAUUCAUUAAUGAUUUUCCUUGCGGUUUUAGAAUGUUCUAAUGAGCAAUCUAAAUGAGAAAUCAGGGUUGUCCCCGUUCGGGAGACUAAAAGGUUUCAUUCGUAUGAGCUCAAACGGGGAACAGGCAAAAUAAACGGAAUGCAUACAAAUACAUGGGAAAACACAGAAUGCAAGGGGAAAACACACAAAUAAGCAGUGGGCAUGGUACUUGGUGACAGAGGUCCGUCACAAGCUAGUUUAAGCUUAUUGUUUCUUUUCAUUUCACCCUCCCUUUCCCCUCCUCCAGUUUUGGUGCAAGCAUUAUAAAGGUUCUGCUCACAAGGGGGAGUCCCAGGGUAGGUAUUGACCGAUUAUCGUUCUGGCUGAUAUUCUGUAUUUUCAGCAAUAUCGGUAUCGGCAAGUAGAGUUAACGAAGUUGCCGAUAAUACAUACCAGGACCACCGAGCACAAGACAAGCCCGGCAGUCCUGGGGGGCCCGCAGCAAGCUCUUAGCUUUCCAGCAGCUCCCCUGUGUAAAUCUCGUGAGUCCCCCUAGGACCCCCAGUUUUACACUAAUUACAUACCUACAGAAGCACACACACACACACACUCUGCAUUAUAUACAUUCACUACACAAACACACUCUACAUUCAUUGUAUACAAACACACACACACACACACACAGCAUUCAUUUUAUAUAUAUAUAUAUAUACACACACUACACAAACACACUGCAUUCAUUAUAUACACACACACGCACUGCAUUCAUUUUAUUUAUACACACUGCAUUCAUUAUAUACAGUCAGGUCCAUAAAUAUUGGGACAUCGACACAAUUUUAAUCUUUUUGGUUCUAUACACCAACACAAUGGGUUUGAAAGGAAACAAACAAUAUGUGCUUUAACUGCAGACUUUCAGCUUUAAUUUUAUGGUGUUUACAUCCAAAUCAGGUGAACAGUGUAGGAAUUACAACAGUUUGUAUAUGUGCCUCCCACUUUUUUAAGGGACCAAAAGUAAUGGAACAGAUUAACAGUCAUAAAUCAAACUUUCACUUUUUAAUACAUGGUUGCAAAUCCUUUGCAGUCAAUUACAGCCUGAAGUCUGGAACGCAUAGACAUCACCAGACGCUGGGUUUCAUACUUGGUGAUGCUCUGCCAGGUAGGGAUCGACAGAUAUUGAUUUUUUUAGGGCCGGUACCGAUACCGUUAUUCUGUGAACUUUCAGGCCGAUAACUUACCGAUAUUCUCUACAUUUACCAUUUUGAAAAAAAAAAACUAUUUCUAAAGGUAAAUGCACAAAAUAUACAUGCCAUGUGUAGUGGAUGUAGUGUGUUUAGGCAUUGGAGCUGUGUGUGUAGUGGAUGCAGUUUGUGUAGUGUGUAUUUAAUGAAUGCAGAGUGUUUGUGUAGUGUGCAUAAAGUGAAUGCUGUGGGUGCGUAAAGUGAAUGCUGUAUAUACUAAAUGCAAACUGUGUAUUUGUAUAGUGUGUGUAUAUACUGCAGUGUUUGUGUAGUGUGCAUUAUAUAAACACACUGAACAAACACUGCAUUAUAUACACACUACACAAACACACACACUGCAUUAUAUACACAGUGUGUUUUGUGUAGUGUAUGUGUAUUUAAUGGAGUGUGUAUGUAUGUAAUUGAGGGGGCAUUUUUUAUUAAAACUUUUUUUAAAACAAUUUUUUUUUUUAAUAUUUAUUUUUUAGUCCCUGCUUGUUACUUGGCCAGGGAGGAGGGCUAUGACAUUCCCUUGUGGUCCAGUGGCAUGGACUGUGUACUAAGCAGUGGGGGGGUGAGGCCAGCAGCAAGCGUUUCCUUACCUUCCCAGCAGCUCCUCCAGUUCCCCUGUGUAAAUCUCGCGGCCAGCGUGCCUCAUUACAAGCCCGGCGGUCCUUGGGGGCCAGCAGCAAGUGUUUACUUACCUUCCCAGCAGCUCCUCCAGCUCCCCUGUGUAAAUCUCGCGAGACCCGCAAGAUUUACACAGUCCUGUUAUAUAUUAUCAGCAAUAUUGGUGAAUUGAAUUGGCCGCUAACGAUAUUGACGAAAAUACCGAAUAUCGGCCAGACCGAUAAUCGGUCGAUCUCUACUGCAACUGUCUUCAGUUACUGCUUGUUCUUGUGGCAUUUUCUCUUCAGUUUUGUCUUCAUCAAGUGAAAUACAUGCUCAAUCGGAUUCAGGUCAGGUGAUUGACUUGGCCAUUGCAUAACAUUCCACUUCUGUCCCUUUCCCUUGCAUUCUUUCUUUUUAAGGAUGUUCCAAACAGUUGAUUUGGCCACACCUAAUGUUUUUGCUAUCUCUCUGAUGGGUUUGUUUGUUUUUUUCAGCCUAAUGAUUGCUUGCUUCACUGAUAGUGACAGCUCUUUGGAUCUCAUAUUGAGAGUUGACAGCAACAGAUUCCAUAUGGAAAUAGCACACUUGAAAUGAACUCUGGACCUUUUAUCAGCUCCUUGUAAAUGGGAUAAUGAGGGAAUAACACACACCUGGCAAUGGAACAGCUGAGCAGCCAAUUGUCCCAUUACUUUUGGCCAUUUAAAAAGUGGGAGGCACAUAUACAAACUGUUGUAAUUCCUUCACCGUUCACCUGAUUUUGAUGUAAAUACCCUCAAAUUAAAGCUGAAAGUCUGCAGUUAAAGCACAUAUUGUUCAUUUCAUUUAAAAUCCAUUGUGGUGGUGUAUAGAGACAAAAAGAUUAGAAUUGUGUCGAUGUCCCAAUAUUUAUGGACCUGACUGUACACACUCUGCAUUCAUUAUUUACACACUCUGCAUUCAUUAUAUAUACACUACACAAACACACUGCAUUCACUAUACACACGCUACAUUCACUUUAUGCACACACUACAUUCACUAUACACACACUACGCACUCACCACACACUCAAUGCAUUCACUAUACACAUUAUACAAACACACUCUGCAUUCAUUCUAUACACACUAUACAAAUACACACUGCAUCCACUACACAAACACACACAACUCCCCCUGUCUAAACACAUUGCAUCCACUACAUGUGGCAUGUAUAUUUUGUGCAUUUACCUUUAGAAAUGGAAAGUUAUCGGCUAUCGACCUGAAAGUUCACAGAUUAUCGGUACCUGAUCUAAAAAAUAUCAGUAUCGGUCGAUCCCUAAUCCAGGGUUAUGUUCAGUGGCCACAGACUAACUACGCUGUGUGCGAAGUUCAAAGUAAGUGCUGCACAUAGCACUUUAAAUUCCCUCCAAGUAGGAGAAUUACUGACGGUAUAUGAUCAUACAUUGUAUAAGCAUACCAUAAUGCCAAUGUACUCCAUUCUUGGCAGGUUCUAUUAUAGCAAUAUAAUUCCUAAUCUAUUAAGAUUAAAAUAAUUGGUAAAUGUUUCCUCAUGGGACUCUCUGCAGUGCAAUGUUAAAUAGGGCCCUCGAAUUGGGUGCAUGUGACAGAGAGCCCCAGCAGCACUCUUAUAAUGUAUGAAUGUUCGGGUGAAAGAAUUUCCUAAAUAAGUUGAUUAGUAUCAUAAGAGCAGGCAUUAGGUUCAUAGCAUAGGAAUGGGGUACAUUUUUGUGACUUUUUUUAAUAGAACUCCAAGAGGACUGUACUCACCUUAACAUGCAUACAUUAUAAGGGUGCAGCCAGGGCCCUCCCUAUCACAGGUGCCUCAUUUCAUUUUAGGUCCGUGCAGUGUCCCAUUCCCACACAGGGAGUGGGUAACUUUAUUUUAUUUUUAUUUAUUUUUUUCCUUUCAAACCUUGUUGUACUUACAGCACAAAGUGCAUUUCUCAAUGUGUUAUUCUUGUCUAGGGGGCUGUGGAAAGGAGGAUAGAGAAACGUCGAGAGCGCAGAGAAUGGGAGGCACGCAGGUAAUAAGAUUGGCGCAUCCUGUCGUUCUGUCUUUAAAGGUUUGAUCCAACCACACUGAGACCAUAUUCUCUCUUCAGCCCUUUCUGCCUUUGGUGAUGCCAGCCUGUAAGGAAGAUAUGGGGGGUGCUGAUAACAGAUGCCCUACAUGCAACGGUUUAACAUUAGCCAGCCUAGAACUCUCGCUCCAGGAAUGUUCUUGAACUCUGUAUGUGCAAUGUUUACUGAAGCAUUGCACUUAUAGACUCCAUGCACCAUAACUGCAUCACUGUGUCACAUUUUUAUAUAUAUUAUUUUUUUGUUUUUUUGUACUGUGCUGUCUCUUUAAAUAAAAAAGAUUACUUGUUGUAUUUAGCAAUAAUAUAUGGUGUGCAUAAUUUUGUCUAUUCUUAUUUUCAAUAUAGAACAUGUCUAAAUCAUGUUUCUAUUCUGAGGUGAUCAAAAUAGGUUAUUCUGCAUUAGAAUUGACAUGUUUUCUUUAAAGUCUGGGUUGUGUUAUGUAAAAAGUAAUUUCUUUCUCAAGUCUUUCAGUUUAGGAUUUUGUUUGUCUACAUUUUUCUCUAACUAUAAUAUGCUGUUGUUUCCCAACAGGCGAGAGAUUCUGUUUGACUAUGAACAAUAUGAAUAUCAUGGCACAUCUGUAAGUGUGAAGACAGUGUUUUGCUUGGGUUGACUUUCCUGUAACUUGCUGGCUUAUAAAUUAAUAGUUAAAGUUACACUAGUCCCCAAAACAACUUUAGCUUAGUGAAGCAGUUUUGGUGUAUAGAUCAGUCUCACUGCUCAAUUAUCUGUUAUUUAGGAGCUAAAUCGCCUUGUUUAUGCAGUCUUGGGCAUAUAUUCCUGCAUGUGAUUUACACAGCCUUCUUAAACACUUCCUGUAAGGAGUCGUGUAAUGUUGGCACUUCCUGUAUUGUAAAUUCUAUUUAACUUUGAAUUUCUUAUCUCAUCUUUAAUAGCUUGAUAGACCUUGCAGGAUCAUCCUGUAUGAUGACAAAUUAGAGUGCAGGAUAUAAAAAAAAACUUAUGUUAAAAAGUUUCAUCUGUUUAAAAGUUAAACCAUUUUUUUUUUUUUUUUCAUGCAGACUUUUUGUUACAGCCAGAGGACAUGUGGAUUGGCUGCAUUAGCAGAAACAAAAGUGAUUUAACUCCUAUAUGGUAGUGAAUUGAGCAGUGCAACUUCAGAGGCAUGUUCUAUACACAAAAACUGCUUCAUUAAACUAAAGUUGUUUUGGUGGCUAUGGUGUCCCUUUAAUGGUCGUGGAGACGGCAGUGUUAAGCAAAAUAAUGAUGCACCGCUACAAUUUCAGUAACUAAAAAUUGUGCCCAUAUGAGCUAGCCUAGGUGUGGGAUUAAUUCUUACCCAUGCUGUAGAGAUGUCAGGCAGCAGCUUUGUGGUUCCUGGAGGUAUCAGAUCCAGAUCCACUGCACUUAAUUUAAACAGCUUUGCUAUGGCUCACUCUAUCUGAAUGGGUGAUGACACUUCCAUUAUAGUCCUAGUGACAAGGAUAGGAAGAUGGUACAAAUGCACAGUAAACCUCCAUGCAUACAGUACCGCAUAUGCAGACAGUCCACAUAAAUAAGGCACUGUAGUCAUACCCUGUAUAGAAAAAACAGGGAAGGCAAGAAAGGGGGAGGGGUGGCCCUGUAUGUGAAGGAUAGCAUAAAUUCUAGCCUAAUAAAAGUUAGUGAGGCGAACAUAGAGUCCGUUUCGGUUACGUUAGAAUUUGGUAAUCACACAGUAACUUGUGUAGGUGUGAUUUAUAGGCCCCCAGGACAAAUUGAAGAGUUAGAUAAUCUACUAGUUGAGGAAAUAGCUAAAAUGACAAUGAAGGGGAAGUUAUCAUCAUGGGUGACUUUAAUCUUCCUGAUGUGAAUUGGAAAACAAAAAUAGCUGCUUGUGCCAGGAGCACACAUAUUCUAAACUCCCUACUGGGAUUGUCUCUAAAACAAGUCGUUGAGGAGCCAACUGGUAAAGAGGCCAUACUAGAUUUAGUGUUAACAAAUGGAGAUUUGGUAUCAGAUAUUACUGUAGGUGAAAGUUUAGGAUCCAGUGAUCAUCAGUCAGUGUGGUUUAAUAUAAGAACAGUGACUGAGUCACACCACACAAAAACAAAAGUUUUAGACUUUAGAAAAACAGACUUUUUUCUAAAAUUAGAAUAUGUGUAGACGAGUCAUUAUCAGCCUGGAUCAAUUUAAAUGGAGUCCAAGAGAAAUGGGAUUAUUUAAAAGUUGCACUACUGAAAGCAACAGAAAAUUGCAUUAGGCUUGUCAGUAAAAGCAAAAAAAUUCAAGAAACCACUGUGGUACUCCGCAGAUGUGGCCAAAAUAGUAAAAACCAAAACGUUAGCAUUUAGUAAUUAUAAAAAAAAAACAGAGUGAGGAAGACAGAAUGAUCUAUAAGAUUAGGCAGAAAGAGGCUAAGCAAGUUAUAAGAGCUUCCAAAUCACAGACAGAAGAGAAAAUAGCACAUUUUUUAGAUACAUAAAUGAGAAAAGGAAAGUAAAACAAGGAUUAGUUAGAUUAAAAACAAAAAAAGGAAGGUAUGUAGAAGAGGAUAAAGGUCUAGCUGACUGCCUCAAUGAAUAUUUUUGUUCGGUAUUUACAGAUGAAAAUGAAGGAAAGGGACCUUAGUUAAGAAAAAGGAUAAAUGAGUCAUUUAUUACACGUGAGUUUACAGAGGAAGAGGUUCUAUUUCAACUGUCAAACAUAAAGACAAAUAAGUCAAUGGGACCUGAUGGAAUACACCCAAAGCUAUUAAAAGAGCUUAGUGGUGUACUAGCAAAACCAUUAACAGAUUUAUUUAACCAAUCAUUGUUAACAGGAGUAGUCCCAGAAGAUUGGAAGUUAGCGAAUGUUGUGACAUUCACAAGAAAGGUAAUAGGGAGGAGUCGGACAACUAUAGGCCAGUAAGCCUUACUUCAGUAGUGGGGAAAGUGAUGGAAACCAUGUUAAAGGAUAGGAUUGUUGAACAUCUAAAAACACAUGGAUUUCAAGAUCAGAGACAACAUGGGUUUACUUCAGGGAGAUCAUGCCAAACUAAUUUUAUUGAUUUUUCUGAUUGGGUAACUAAAAUAAUAGAUCAGGGUGGUGCAGUAGACAUUGCUUACCUAGAUUUCAGUAAGGUUUUUGACACUGUUGCACAUAGAAGGCUUAACAAUAAACUGCAAUCUUUAAGUUUGGAUUCCAAUAUUGUUGAAUGGGUAAGGCAGUGGCUGAGUGACAGGCAACAGAGGGUUGUAGUCACUGGAGUAUAUUCGAAGCUUAGGCUUGUCACCAGUGGGGUAUCUCAGGGAUCUGUACUUGGACCCAUUCUCUUUAAUAUUUUUAUUAGUGAUAUUGCAGAAGGUCUUGAUGGUAAGGUAUGUCUUUUUGCUGAUGAUACUAAGAUAUGUAACAGGGUUGAUAUUCCAGGAGGGAUAAGCCAAAUGGCAAAUGAUUUAGAUAAACUAGAAAAAUGGUCAGAGUUGUGGCAACUGACAUUUAAUGUGGAUAAGUGCAAGAUAAUGCAUCUUGGAUGUAAAAACCCAAGGACAGAGUACAAAAUAUUUGAGAGUACUAACCUCAACAUCUGAGGAAAGGGAUUUAGGGGUGAUUAUUUCUGAUGACUUAAAGGUAGGCAGACAAUGUAAUAGAGCAGCAGGAAAUGCUAGCAGAAUGCUUGGUUGUUUAGGGAGAGGUAUUAGCAAUAGAAAGAGUGAAGUGCUCAUGCCAUUGUACAGAACACUGGUGAGACCUCACUUGGAGUAUUGUACACAGUACUGGAGACCGUAUCUUCAGAAGGAUAUUGAUACCUUAGAGAGAGUUCAGAGAAGGGCUGCUAAACUGGUUCAUGUAUUGCAGGAUAAAACUUAAAGUAGUGGUUUUGGUGCUAAGAGCCUGUUCCUGCAGUCUCUCAUUUGUAAACACUGUAUUUUCUGUGAAAGGCAGUCUUUACAUUUGUUCCUAGAUGCACCUCUAGUGGCUUUCUGUCCUCCAGCCACUGAAGAUGUCCUAUUUAGUGUAAUGCAUCUCUGCAUAAUCUGAUUUAUGCAGAACGGCAAUUGCUGUUCAUGCAAAGUAGGCCUCCUAAAGCAUCUCUGUGGAGAAGCUUUGUAAUGGCUGAGAUCAUUGGUAAUGAUUAUAUCUGCCAGUGGCGGUGGUAUGGAAUAAAAUGGGUGAAAUACAUUUUUGUAUUUGAAACAUUGGUUUCCAUAUAACAAGUCACAUAUGAUGGCAUUUGCAAUUGUCUGGGAGAAUCUAGAUUUUAAAGUGUCAAUAGAGGGAUUAUAUUCUGCAAAUGUGGAAAAAAACAUGGUUUGUAAAUAACAACUUUUUAUUUUUCAUUUUUCUUAAAGUCCCAUCUCAAGUGACUCUAUUUAAACUUUGUUUUUAAGUGUGUGUGUGUGUAUAUAUAUAUAAAAAUAUUGCCAGAGAUAGCACUCCAAGGACUAAUAUAAAAUAUAACUUUUAUUACCUCCACUAAAACAACACAAGGUCAACGUUUCAGCUUGAUCCCCUCAAGCUGGUGUCCUGAUGAAAGCUUGAGGGGAUCAAGUUGAAACGUUGACCUUGUGUUGUUUUAGUGGAGGCAAUAAAGGUUAUAUUUUAUAUUAGUCCUUGGAGUGCUAUCUCUGGCAAUAUUUUUGUAUUUUUGGCUGACAAGCACCGGGCAUUGAAUAUUGGAUAUUGGAUUGGUGGAGUGCAAAAUUCUUUAUAAUAUAUUUUGCACUCCACCAAUCCAAUAUUCAAUGCCCGGUGCUUGUCAGCCAAAAAUACAAAAAUAUUGCCAGAGAUAGCACUCCAAGGACUAAUAUAAAAUAUAACCUUUAUUGCCUCCACUAAAACAACACAAGGUCAACGUUUCAACUUGAUCCCCUCAAGCUUUCAUCAGGACACCAGCUUGAGGGGAUCAAGCUGAAACGUUGACCUUGUGUUGUUUUAGUGGAGGUAAUAAAAGUUAUAUUUUAUAUUAGUCCUUGGAGUGCUAUCUCUGGCAAUAUUUUUAUAUAUAUAUAUAUAUAUAUAUAUAUAUAUAUAUAUAUAUAUAUAUACACACACAAAUCAUUUUUUUAUUUAAUUUUUUGUGUGUAAAUCUGUUAUUUAUUCUUGUAGUCAGCAAUGAUGAUGUUUGAGUUGGCCUGGAUUAUGUCCAAGGAUUCAAAUGACAUGUUGUGGUAAGUGGCAGAAAACAACAACCCUCCCUAUCCCCCUCUCUUACUCACCUUGCCAUUUCACUUACCCUUUCUAGCUCAUAUUGAUGAUCUCCGCGUUGCUGUCCUGCUUCCAAGGCUGGGAUCAUCAAGACUAUAGGAGAGCAAUUGGAGGCUGGUGCGCAUGCGAGGCAAAAUGCCAUGCUGCCCCAAUCGGUCUCUGAGAACAUCCGACUGAAAUAGCAGUUUCACUCGAAAGUGACAGCAACUAGAGGAAUUCAAAGCCUGCAAUGUAAACAUUGCCUUUCCUGCAAAAUGGCAAUUAUUUUACUAGCAGGAUUAAAUGGACACUGUAGGCACUUAACAAUUUCACUGUAUAAUUUUACUACUUGGCUUUCACACCAUAAUAUACUGUGAUGUCAUGCACAGUGCAGUAACAGUCUGCCAUAUAGAUUAAUUGAAUACAUUGAUACUCUGUGGAGGAAUGCUCUAUGAGCAUUGGCUUGGCCCAGGAUGAGGCUACCUAAGGAGGAUGUGGCAGGGCCAAAGAAGACUCUGCACUUGGGAAAAGGUAAGUCAUUUGUUUGUUUUAUUUUCACAUGGUGAUAAGAGGCGUCAGGGCUGUAGCGUUGGGAAUACAAAUAUGUAUUCCUAACUGUAGUGUUCAUUUAAAACUACAUGGACAUGGCACCCAGUCCAUUUCAUUGAGAUAAAAUUUCCUGGGUGCCUAUCGUGUUCCUUAUGUUUCUUAAAUAACUAUUUUGUUUCAGAUUUAAGAUUUUUCUGCUUUUAUUUUUUACUUUUGCCUUCUGUAUUUGAAUUAGUUAUUUGGUAUGGUUCAGUUAAGCUGGCAAGGCAGUAUGACCGAUAUAUAUUUUUAUCUCCUCUAGGUGGUCAAUUAUAGGGCUGACUGAUCAGUGGGUUCAAGACAAAAUCACUCAGUAAGUAUGCUAGAUAUAAAGAGCCUACUUUAAAAACCCGUUUAGGAGAGAGUGCUAGGUGAAUGCAAAUGAGGUAAUGCUAAAAAUGUGAGCUAUUUGUUUUCAGCUUCUUUUUUUUUUUUUUUAAUUUAUUUUUGUGUGCAAACAGUGAAAAAUCAAACCGGUUAUGAUGCCAGUGUUGUGGCACUCAUUAAACAUGCCCAUUUUGUUUUUCUUUUUUUGAAGCAAGCAUUAUAAGUGACAUACGCAUGUACAUAAACAAUGCAAUUUCUAGAGACAUUUUAGUAAUGCUAUACAAGAGAUAAACAUUAAAAUAAUCUCAAAGCAUAUGUUAGGGGCAAGUUAUCCUGCUGACUAGAGGUUGUUGAUGUUAAGCCUAAACCAUGAAACAUAAGUCAGCUGGUUGUGGCUUGUACUAAGCUGACACCUCCGUCACUCUAUGGUAAGUGGUCUGUGGUGUCGGGGUGCGUAGGAGGAGAGGGAGAUAUGAGGCUCUGGCUUAGGACCGGCUACGGCCUUUACGGGUCUGACCUGUGGUUUGGCUCGGUGGGCCUGUUAAUUGAAGGGAUAAAAAUGGUUCGUAGAGCGAAGUCUGACCAACUUCGAACCGCAACUUGGGUGCUGUGUAUUUAGGGAUGAAGGUGCUGGUCUUCUACUGUCCACUGUUGGUACUUGCAGUGGCGGGUGCUGCUGGUAUAGCUCUCUUCGGGGUGAAUGGCUUUAUCUUUGCCAUGUCACAGUGGUGGGCCGCCGGUGUCGUCGGUUGGGUGCUGGGCUGGAGUAGGACGUCCCCUGGAAGGCCUUGUUUGGUUAGGAGUGUGGGGCUUCGGAAAUGUCCGAGGUUGUGUUUACCACCCUGUCUUACUUGCAGUGUGCGUGGGGAUCUCCAGCGGUAUUCUAUGCCAUGGUUGCGGAGCAGGGCUGUGAGGGGUUUCAUCAUUCUGCGCCAGUGUAGUGUCUCACCGGAUAAGUCUACGAAGAAGGAUAAUGCCAUGUUCUUAAAGUUGUGUGGUAGUCCCCUUCAGUGCAGUCUGAACCAAUGUCUUGUCUGCUCCACUGCGGAACUUCACUAUCAGGUCCCUUUGCGCUGUCGGGUUCUCCCCUAGGUUUCGGCACCCGGAAGGCGCUGUCCAGGUGUACAGUUCUGGACGGCUUGAGCUCCAGUAGUUGGCCUAGUAGUCUCCGGAGUAGAUGUGGGAGCUCUGCUUCGGGUACACCUAUCCGGAUUUUCAAGUUGGUGCGGCGUCGCGUGUCUUCUAGCUGGGCGAAUUGAAUGUCGGAGGCAGCUUGUUUUUUGGUUAAUGUUUGGAUGUCCCGCUGGAGUUGCGCUAUAGAUUGGGUGUGCUGCUCUGAGACAAUUUACACUGUGGCAAUGCGGUCUACCAGGCCCGUGAUGUCAGUGCACAGCAGGGCCACAUCCGCCUGUAUGGUUUUCUGGAGGGCACCUAGCAUGUUCUGGAGCAUAUCUGCAGUCACCGAUCUAGAGUCUCCGGUCUUGGGCUUAGGUGGAGGUUGUAAUGCCAGUACAUGGCUGCCAUCUUCAUCGUCCAAGGACAGCUCCUCCGAGUUUUCUGAAAAGUAAUCCAGGUCUGCGGCCAUCUUGGGCCCAUGCUUGGCGGAGAUCGACAAUAUUCAUGCCUGGUUUGGGUCUGUUGAGUCUCUACUUUUUAGUCUUCCUACCCAUGUUUGUCAGGGGCUGUGGAACUUCGUUAAGGAGGCUUGAAAAUAGUUUAUCGCCGGAUUUGGUUAUCUUGGCCCGGAGCACAGCGAUCGUGCGUCCACUCAGGUCAGUUGCUUGGCUCCGCCUCCUGUUUUCAGCUUUUAUAUUCCAUUUAUGCUCAGUCUUAAAGGGAAUCAAAGCAAAAAUCUGCUAAUUAACCAUUUUGUUUGUAUAAAGUGAUAAUCCCCUAGAUGUGUAGUAGUAGUACCAAGCAAUGAGUAGUUGCCCUAACUUGUGUGCUGGUCAAGUAGCCUAGAAAACACAAGUUGGUCCCCUCUUUUGUUGUCCCCUGCAUAUUGUUCCAGAAUAUUUUUAUAUAUGGGGAACUUGUACCAGACCCAAUCAUAGGAGGUUCAAGUUCACCCUGUCUCACUUAAAGGGACACUAGAAGCACCCAAAUCACUAUAUCUUGAGGUCUAUCUCACUUCUUAAAUAAUAGAUUCCACAGGUGGUGGUUCAUCCUCAAAAAGGGGAACCAAACAACCCGUGGAAUCAAAACACCUUAACGGACACUCCAGAGGUGUCCUGGGGCUUAACCCCUAAAACUAUAUAAAGAAAACUCAAGUUACUGGAUACAAAGAUCCAGAGAUUCGAGUAUAAACUGGAACUGUGAUGGCAAAAGUUCGAUCUGUAAACUUGUAAAAAAUUACUAAAGUACAUGGCAUAUAUCCAUCCCAAGCGUCAAAACAAUCCAGAAGUGAAAUAAUACAAAUGAAGCCUAUAGGCUAUCCUCCUAGGUCACUAAACCGUGAAUAUAAUAGAAAACAGACACCUGACUUUAUUAUUUAUAAGAUAGGUCAACGUCUGUAUAUAGUAAUUAAACUGUAUCAAUCAGAUCACGGAUGCCAGUCCUAAUGGCCAAAGAAGACCUUAUACCUAAUAGAUCAAUCACUUGUCACAGUAGCUCUGUAAUAACAAUGAGCUACCUAUAUGAGAAGGACGAUCUCUGAAUUGUGUCUAUCCACUAGAUAUUGAGUAACAAUGUAAUAACACUGUAGUAAAAUAAAUACUGUACAGAAACAGUAACUAGACAGGUCACAGACAAUAUCAGUGUGUGAAAUAGUAACAAAUGAAGGGACUAGUAAUGAAGAUAUAUAGAAAAAACUUCUUAUUGCUAAUGCAUCCCCUUCAGAUAUUCCUAAAUAAGAAGGUAUAGGACUGGAAAGGAGGUUAGAAAAAUUUAACUAUAUAGUGCUAAUGUGCAGAACCAUACUUAGAAUGUUGGUUGCCUGCACAUUUUAUUCCUGGCUACUAUACAGUCUCAAAGGCAACGUAACCAAUCUGGCGAAUUUCAACUUCAAAUGUAACGUGCUAUAUUUGACACUGUAACUUCCCAAAACGCCAUAAAACCUGUACAUAGGAGGUACUGUCUUACAUGUGAGACUUUGCUGAAUACAAAUGUGUAUUUUAUUGCAGUAAAAGCAAACAGUAUUAUGACAUUGACAGUUAAAAUGUCAUGUAGAACUAAAAGAAUUUUUAAAAAAAAUCUUUUCUCCCAUUUUUUUUCAUAUUAAAUUAUGUUUCAUAGCUAAAUAUUUGAUAUUGAACGAAAGCCCUGUUUCCCCUGAAUAAAAUGAUAUAUAAUAAGGGUGGGUGCAUUGUAACAAAAUCCCUUACUAAACAGACCAUGCGAACCAGCCUGUUCGGUUAUUUGGAUGAUUACUGCGGGAUUUCGUGAAAAUAGCGAGAAAAGCGAAUGAACUACCGAACCACCGACCUCCCACCGAGGGCGUGUGGCGCCUAUUAACCACCCAGACUGUUGCGGUUAACCACAGACUAAUUGGGGAAUAGCUGGUGGUCCGCGUUCGUUUACCGAACACGUGGCAAUCGCCAUUUUGUAUUGUCGAACGCUCAGCGGUAAAUGGCGAGGAUUCCCUGGAACUAAUUUCGGCUACUUAUUUUGUCGAACACCGCUGCUACCUCUUCAAAUCCUCGUUUGUACGGUGGAAAAACACACGAAUGAAGGGGAUACUACUUCAUUCGUGCGCUGGAAGUAUGCGAAAGUGACCGACCCCAGAAAGCUACAGUAUGGAACUUGUAGUCGGCUACAAACACACGAACGGCCGGCGAAAGUCAAACUUCAGUCGACGUUUCUGAGAACUGUGUUCGUGGGAUCUGAGCGCUAUUCACCUAGAAUAUGCACUCAGAUCCAAGCUAUCUGGGGAUAUGUGGGACUUAAAGUUUAUGUAAAAGGAAAGUUAUAGAUUCUUAUGCUGUUUCGCUAAAAUAAGUAAAGCCAUGUUUCUUUCUACCUGGAGAUAAUUAAGGCUCUCUUUGCUACCUUAAGUUAAUUACUGUGAUACUUUUGUCCCAGUCUUCCAUCUGGUCCCCUAGGGGAGUGUCCACCAGGUGGGAGACCUGCAUAAAUACCGGGCGGGUAGCUCACAGUAGAUCAGAUCGUUUUACCCCUUCUUGAAGUCUCGACUCAUGUUUGGGGGAUUGGGAGUUAUAAUCACUUUGUUUCAGCUGGAUUUCGGGAGAAGCUGCAAGGAUCAUUGCUGCACGAAUAGAAGGAUGCUUUACAUGCAUUUACUAUGAAAGAGGUGAAUUAUGGUUGGACAGACAUGUAGCGCAAAUGCCAGGUUUUGUUUACAUUUUGUUUUGUUCACAACGUGUACAUUUGGCUCCGUCCUUAAUGUAAACACUGCAGUGUUUACAUUACAGCCUAGGAGUGGCCACUCCUCAGACGACCACUAGAGGUGCGGCAUUGGAGCCCCACAGUGCCCUGGAAAAGACUAAGUAAAUCACGGUUCUAACCUGAGUUAAGGGGUGCCAACCACCUAAAUGGUGGUUUUAGAACUAUAAAAUCUGUACAUAGGGGGUACUGUUUUACACGUGAGACUUUGCUGAAUAAAAAUGUGUAUUUUAUUGCAGUAAAAGCAAACUGUAUUAUGACAUUGACAGUUAAAAUGUCAUGUAGAGCCCCGGCUCCUGAUCAAAUCGUCCGCACAUCUAGAGCAAAUUCACAAAACACUUUAUAGAUGGUACAUGGUACCGUGCAGGCUACACAAACUAUUCCCUAAUACUUCCAACAUGUGCUGGCGCUGCAAUGGGGCCGAGGGCACUGUCCUGGUAUGCAGCGGGUCAUUGAGGACCUGGACACACAAAGUUAGUUUGAAACGGGCUUAAAAACGCUGUUCCCCCCAUCCAACACCGCCCAAGCAGCGUGGGAGGUGUGGAACUCAUGGAGAUCGGGUGAUAGAGGAAGGUAAAUGUAACUUACCAAUGAUACUGUAUGUACAAGAUGCAUAAGAGUAGAUGCGCCUCACGCAUCAGUGGGAAGCAGCGCACAGAUGUGUGGGACUAGAGAGAGCGAGGAUUGGACCUAUUAUGUUAGUUCCCAUACGGGAUCGUGUCGUGAGCAUAACCUUCCAUUCUGACACACAGCAGGUGCAAGACGCUGUUUCUGGUCGCUAGUUGACUACGAGCGGUAUACGUUACCUGACUAUUCAUGGCCAACUGUAUGAGAGUUGUUAACAUGCAUUGAUGAAAUCUGUUCACCCUUCCCCCCCUGCCCUCCCUCCCUCUUCCUUUCUGUACCCUUACCCGUACAAAACAAUAAAAAUUGUCAAAUUUAAAAAAAAGUCAUGUAGAACUUAAAAAAUCUAAUUUUCUCCCAUUUUUUUUCAUAUUAAAUUAUGUUUCAUAGCUAAAUAUUUGAUAUUAAAUGAAACCCAUGUUUUCCCCUGAAUAAAAUGAUAUAUAAUAAGGGUGGGUGCAUUUACUAUGAAAGAGUUGAAUUACGGUUGGACAGACAUGUAGUGCAAAUGCCAGGUUUUGUUUACAUUUUGUUUCGUUCACAACGUGUACAUUUGGCUCCGUCCUUAAGGGGUUAAUGUUCCAAACACAAAUAAUUUUUUUCAAAAUUGGCAGAGUUUGGAUGCAAAUGUUUGUUUUGCAGAAUGAAAUAUGUGACAGAUGUGGGGACUUUACAACGUCAUGUAUCCCGGCACAACCACCGCAAUGAGGAUGAGGAGAACUCCCUCUCGAUUGACUGCAUGAGGAUUGCCUUUGAAUAUGAGUAUCCUUUUGCUUGAAUCUGAAUGAGACCAUUGUUUAACAAGGGAUGCAUGUUCCUUUAACAGAGAACUGUUGAAUUUUCUAUAUUCAGGUUCAGGUAAUUUUAUAGCCAAUACAGUUUUUCUUUUAAUUAAUAUUUUAGAGUAGCACUUAUUCUUGAAAUAAUCUGUGUUAAUCUUGACAGCAGAUUUUGAUUCAAUCAUUUUUUUUCUUAUAGUUUUUGUCAUGAUCACUUUAUUUUUAUUUUGUUAUUGUAUUUUUUUAUCACUGAAAACAUGGUGUUGACAAAAACUAUGGCGAAAACAUUUUGUCAAUUAAAUUAACACUGCUUUCUUAGUGGGCACAGCAGCAACCUUUUACUGCAUAAUGCUGCAGUUAAAAGCAGCUCUGUACAGGGACACAGGACCUCCUUCAUAACCUAUGCAGUCAAUUUUUAUUAUGCUUUGUGUAUCUGUUAAUGUGAAAAACUAAAUCUGAACAUGAAUAUUCGUUUACAUGAGAGGUUGUUAACUUUUUCUGUUCUCACUAAAAUGACUACCUUAACUAAAUGGUUUAGUCUACGUCUUUCGUUGUAUCAGCAUUGGUCAUUGUAUGAAAGUAUUUGCAACUCCUGCUAUACAUCUGCCAGUCUUAAACUAUGGUCUGUGCAAGGGCAAAAAAAGCUUCAAGAAUUUCUUGCUGACAUGGGGUAAGUGUUCUCCACUUGGGGCUUGUGAAAUGAUAAUAAAACAAAACGAAUUCUAGUAAAGUUGUUGUUGUUUUCCCCAGGCUACCUUUGAAACAAGUGAAGCAGAAGUUUCAUUCAAUGGAUGUAUCAUUAAAGGAAAAUCUUCGGGAAAUGAUAGAGGAGUCUGCUAAUAAAUUUGGGUAAGUAAACCCUGGAAGUAUAGCUUUACAUUAAAGGAACGCUAUAGUCACCAGAACAACUACAGCUUAUUAUAUUUGUUCUUGUAAGUAGAAUCAGUCCAUUAAUGCUUUUUGCCGUAAACACUAUUUUCAUAGAAAAUGCAGUGUUUACAUUACAGCCUAGGGAUACCUCCACUGGUGGCCACUAAUAUGGCUACUAGAGGUCCUUCCUGGGGAAGUACUAGUAUUCAGUGUCUCCACCCUCUGUGUGGAGACACUGAAUUUUCCUUGUAGUUGCACUGAUUCAAUGCAUCUCUAUGAGGAGGUGCUGAUUGGCCAGGGCUGUGUUUGGAUUGUGCUGGCUCCGCUCCUGAUAUGCCACCUUGACAAGCUCAGCCAAGCCAAUGCUUUCAAUUGGCUUCAAAGCAUUGCAAUUGGCUUUGAUCAAUACUUUUAAUGGUUUCAGUCAGGCAGCAGGCAGGAAGAUCGGAGGCAUAGCAGACUGGAAUAAAAGUAAGAUUUUACUAUAUUUAGGGGGACCGAGAGGGCUAGAUCGUGUUUUUUAACACUAUAGAAUACGAAAUACAUGUUUGUGUUUCUGUAAAUUAAUGUGAAUAUUGUUUUUUUUGUUUUUCUAUUUGUGAAAAUGUAUAGCAUAGCUAUAUGAACCAUAGCUUGUCUUUUUUUUUUAUUUAAUUUUUUUUGCAGUGCAUAAGAAUAUUACAUACAGGCUUGAGGUACCCCAGUGGCAUUCCUCAGGCGUAGCAUCGUGUAUUACAUUUAGGGUAAUAGGACAAUCACAAUUUUAUAGGAUAAUAUAAACAAGUGUAAGUAGAUAUGUCAGCGGUUUAAUAUUAGCAUGCAUGAAAAUAAACAGUUUAUGCACACUGACAACAGGGUAACUAGAGUGAUGUGAGGUAAUCUAUGGUAGUUUGUAGUCAAUUAACGAGGAGUAGUGUGUGCGGACCUCCAGCGUUGCUCAUUUUCCCCAUAGGAAAGCAUUGUAAUGCAUUUUCAAUGCUUUCCUAUGGGGAGCACGAAUGCGCAUGCGCGGCUGUCUCGCCCACUGGCCGCCGCAGUCAGGAGGAGCGACGCGGAGGAGGAAGCAGCGACGAGGAGCAUCGUCGCUGCCUCAGGUAAGUUACUGAAGGGGUUUUCACCCCUUCAGCAACCGGGGAUUGGGGGGUGGGAGGGAGAGGGAACCUGCAGUGCCAGGAAAACAGAUUGUUUUCCUGGCACUGGAGUUUCCCUUUAAACUAUACGCACUGCAAAAAUAAAGAAUAAAUAUAUAUAUCUAUCUACAGACAGGCAUAGGAGUAACAAUGUUAUCUGUCAAGGCAUCAAUGCUUCCAAAUUGUCCUUUACAGAGUUCUCAGUCACAUUUACUAUUAUGUCUUAAACAGAAUGAAAGAUGUAAGAGUACAGACAUUCAGUGUACAGUUUGGAUUCAAGAAUAAGUUCCUAGCAAAUGACAUUGUAUUAGCGGUAAUGUCUCUCCUAGAGAAUACAGAACGAGAUGAGAAUGGAACAGACAACUUCAUCAAGGCUUUAGACAGCCUAUCCAGGUACUUAAAUUAAAGAUCCUUUUAUUUAUUUGGCAAUCUUUUCCCUCAAGAAGCAGGGCACAGUUUUGCAUCAAGAAACAGUUGAUUUGUAUUAAAAAUAAAUAAAUAAAGCAAUUACCCUUAAAGGGACACUCAACCCGUAAAUCACUUUAGCUUGCUGAAAAGCUUUAUGUGUGAAGUGAGUCCCCUUUUUUCCAUUUUGGAAAUAGUCCUGAUUUCAAUAGAAAUUGACACUUUUUUUGUAAAAGAGUCUGGUUACACCUCCUGGUCUGUCAAGCAUCCAGCAGGUCCUUUUACUUCCUGGUUUAGUUAGCUCAGUGGAGUGAAACUCAAAAGGCAGCAAUUACUUAGAGCACUUGCAAAGACUUCUCAUUGAGCUGCAUGGGGAACUCUGUGAUUGGAUAGCCACAGAAAGUCUGGGCGGGGUUAGAAGGGGAGGGUUUGCAAAGAAAGCUAUGAAGAGAACUGCAGGUUUUGCAAACUGUUUUUAGGUUUAACUAAUGGGGAAAAAAAGCAUAGUUAAAUACACGCAAGUUUAAAGUUUUGGGUAUAUCUACCCAACUGAGUUUUAUUUAUAUUGUAUUUGGGCAGUGGAGUGUCAUUUUAAGUUCAUCUAUGUUGCCAAGAAACUGAAGGAAUCAUGCCCUUGCUUUACUCUGAUCCUGAAGAAAAUCUGGUUAUGGUUUUGUUUUUAUUGGACAUGUGUGUACAUGUUUUUUGGUUUGUUUUUUUCUUCUUCUCCAAGCAAAGUUACAGACAACUACGUUUUUAUAAUUGCAUGUCGUCUUUAUUCCAGGAGCAACCUGGACACGCUGUAUUUUGGUCUGGAACAGGCCAAAAAGCUGUUGCGUGCUGUUCAGCAGAUUGUGGCCAGCUGCAUCUGCACUAAUCUCAUUUUAUCCCAGGGCCCUUUCCUAUAUUGCUAUCUGAUGGAGGUCAGUAUUCUGCUCUAAUUAUUAUCAAUAAAUAGUUAAUGCCUGAAUUGAAGGGACAUGUAUGUAUUCUUUUCAGAAUACGCACAUGUCAGUCACUCUGCAAUUGAAGCCUUUUUUUUUUUCCACCUUUUUAAAUAUUUGAUUGUUAAAAUAAUUUGCGUCUUGGCUGCAAUGGGAAUGACAAUAACCCUGAAAAUGAAUACAAGGUAUUAUUCUGAGACGGCAUUGGCAUUUAUUUACAGUGAGGGGGUAAAGUAUUUGAUCCCCUGCUGAUUUUGAACAUUUGCCCAGUGAGAAAGAAAUGAUCGGUCUAUAAUUUUAAUGGUAGGUGUAUUUUUUUAUUUUAUUUUAUUUUUUAACAGUGAGAGAUAGAACAACAACAAAAAAAAUCCUGAAAAAUGCAUGUCAAAAAAGUUAUAAAUUGAUUUGCAUGAUGAGUGAAAUAAGUAUUUGACCCCUUCGACUUAGUACAUGGUGGUAAAAACCCUUGUUGGCAAUCACAUGGGUCAGACGUUUCUUGUAGUUGGGCACCAGGUUUGCACACAUCUCAGAAGGGAUUUUGUCCCACUCCUCUUUGCAGAUCCUCUCCAAGUCAUUAAGGAUUCGAGGCUGAAGUUUGGCAGCUCCCUCCACAGAUUUUUUUAUAGGAUUACAGUCGUGAGACUGGCUAGGCCACUCCAAGACCUUAAUGUUUUUCUUCUUGUGCCACUCCUUUGUUGCCUUGGCUGUGUGUUUAGGGUCGUUGUCAUUCUAUAAUUCCCAUCCACAACCCAUUUUCAAUGCCCUGGCUGAAUCAAGGAGGUUCUCACCCAAGAUUUGACGGUACAUGGCCCCGUCCAUUGUCCCUUUGAUGCAGUGCAGUUGUCCUGUCCCCUUAGCAGAAAAACACCCCCCAAAGCAUGUUUCCACCUCCAUGUUUGGCAGUGGGAAUGAUGUUCUUGGGGUCAUAAGCAGCAUUCCUCUUACUCCAAACACAGCGAGUUGAGUUGGCUAAAGAUCUUGAAUUUUUUUUUUUAUUUUUUUUUUCGUCGCAUCUGACCACAACACUAGUUCUCCUCUGAAUCAUUCAGAUGUUCAUUGGCAAACUUCAAAUGGGCUUUCUUGAGCAGGGGGGACCUUGCGGACACUGCAGAAUUUCAAUCCUUCACGGCGUAGUGUUAUUGUUUUCUUGGUGAUCUUGAAAUCAUUAGAAAAUCCCCCCCCCCCUGUAGUUCUGGGCUGAUUCCUCAAUGUUCUCAUGAUCAUUGAAACUCCACGAGGUGAGAUCUUGCAUGGAGCACCAGACGGAGGGAGACUGAAAGGUUUUUUGUCUUUCUUCCAUUUGCGAAUAAUCCCACCAACUGUUGUCACAUUCUCACGAAGCUGCUUGGUGAUAGUCUUGUAGCCCAUUCUAGCCUUGUGUAGGUCUACAAUCUUGUCCCUGACAUCCUUGGACAGCUCUUUGGUCUUGGUCAUGGUGGAGAGUUUAGAAUCUGAUUUGGUUCUGUGGACAGGUGUAUUUUAUACAGGUAACAAGCUGAGAUUAGGAGCACUCCCUUUAAGAGAGUGCUCCUUAUCUCAGCUCGUUACCUGUAUAAGAGACACCCGGGAGUAAGAAAUCUUUCUGAUUUGAUAGAGGAUCAAAUACUUACUUCACUCAUUGACAUGAAAAUCAAUGUAUAAAUUUUUUGACAUGCAUUUUUCUGUUUUUUGUUUUUGUUAUUCUGUCUCUCACUGUUAAAAUACACCUACUAUUAAAAUUAUAGACUGAUCAUCUCUUUGUCCGUGGACAAACGUUCAAAAUCAGCAGGGAGUCAAAAACUUUUUUCCCUCACUGUAACACCAAAGGGGUUUAUUCACUAAAUAUUGAAUUGACAAUUAAGAAAAAAUUAAAAUUUCCGACCCAGCAAGAAGAACCCUGAUUGUGAAUUUUAUCAUUUUUUUGUUUUUGUUUAUAUUACAUCAAGGGAGUGUUUCUGGGAAUAAUACUAAACUAAAGAGAGAUUCUUUGCUUUAUCCCAUAGUCUGUCACUCUUCUGCAAAAGUAUAGCUCUACAUCUCUUCCUUAAACUCCAUUGCUUUCUGUGGAAGACAAGACAGGAGCUUCUCAUUAAACAUGUGGAAAGAAAUCACAUAAGUACACCAAAACCUCCAAAAAGAAUAUUGUAAAAAUAUCUGCCCUUUAUUAAUAAACAAAUAAUAAAAAAGGAUGUAUGUACAUCGUGAAUGCUUGCUUUCCUGUGGACUGGCUGAAUACGCGCGCGGCUCCUGCCGCACAUGCGCAUUCAGCCGAGGCGGAGGAGAGCUCCCCGACCAGCGCUGGAGAAAGAGGUAAGUUUAACCCCUUCCACCACCUAGAGCCCGGCAGGAGGGGCACCCUGAGGGUGGGGGCACACUCAGGGUACUAUAGUGCCAGGAAAACGAGUAUGUUUUCCUGGCACUUUAGUGGUACUUUAAAGUGUCAGAGAAAUCUCCUCCAAAUGUUUUGUCUAAAAGAAUUUGAGAGAAUUGUAUAUGUGUGAGACCAUGAAAUAGCGUCUCUGGUUCAGAUUUCUCCACUUUACACUCUGUCCUUGCUGCUCCCCUGUCCUUAAACAUCCAUUCCAAAACUCCUUCUCCCUGUUGGGUAUUUGUACGAAACUUUUUAUUGUAGCUGGUUGUACAUGCCUAGAAAUGAUUUAGAAAGUGCCUACAUAUUCGAUUCACUUAUUCCAUUUCUCUAUCCUCCAAUAUGGAUAAAUCACACAACCUGAGCAUAGGUCAGGAUCUCUACAAUUUAUCCUUUCCUAGACUAUUCAGAUAAAUCUGUGCAGACCCUUGUUUUAAUCAAACAAACCUCCCAAUUCAAGCCUUUACUCAUAUUUCGCCAUUAUGUCCUUUUCUAUUCUCCAAAAUAUUACUCCAAGUGACUCCUGAAAUACAACGCACCCAUUAAUCAACAGUGCUUCUAUUUGAGCUGCAGCUUAUAAAAUAUUAAGAGGUAUCGCUGACCAAUCUCAGGUUAAAAAUGCUAUUGCUCAAAUGGUAAACACACUUGCAUCACUUACACUGUCAUUCUAGACAAAAUGUGACCCUUUUUAUCCUGACAAAAUCAGUAGCAUUCCACCAAGAGAUGUCAUUUAAAAACCUACCACAAGAUUAUGCUCUUGCAUCUAUUAAAGUCUGUAUUUUAGUUUUUUUUUUUUUCCCCCUCCCUUUUCUUUUCCUGAGUACAGGGUACUCCGGAUGUCAAGAUGUUUUCCAAACCUGCUUCUCUUUGCCUGCUAUGCAAAUACUUGCUGAAAUCAUUUGUGUGCUCUGUAAGUAAUCCUCUUUGUGAAAAAUUACAAAUAUUUAGGUCUAAAGGCAAAAUAAUACAUUGUGUAAAUGCUCCUUUUGUAGUAAUGUAUUUAGCGAUCAAGAUAUUGCUUUUUGCUUUUGCUCAGUUUAGCCCUCCCAUUGUUAAGUGAGGGUUGUUGUUUUGAAAAAUAAGUGUCUAGCAGUAAAUAUGUGCUAUGUAGUGUAAAAUGUCAGGCCCUCAAUGUCUAACUUCUAGUUAAUAGAAGCGGUUGGGUAUAUACAUAUACUUAAGAGGAGUUGCCACUUCCCCAAUUUUAUACCAUCCAAACUGUGAACUAAAAAAUAGAUAUUAGUUGUGCAAAGUUUAAAAAAAAAAAAUUCUUUUAACAAGCACAUUUUGCCAGUCAACACUGAACCAACGUUUACAGAGAAGAAGUACAAGGAAUUGUUUCUUCUUUGAAAGGGACAGUUCACUUUAAAGGGACACCUUAAGCACCAAAACAACUUUAGAUUAAGUGGUUUUGGUGGAUAAGGCAUGCCCCUGCAAUCUCCCUGCUCAAAUGUAUCCAGUGCAGUUUAAUAUUUCAUGUGUACUUUGUGCUAGCUGUAGGUAGAUAUGAAGAUUUUCUUUUUUUUUAUGUUAGAUGAGGUUUGCAGCAUUGCUCUCUGGUCAUGUUUAGUUUCUAUAUUCUGACUGUUGGGAUUGAGAGUUCACCACAGGGUCUAGCAACCCUUAUGCUGCCAUGGAUUUAAAAAGAUGUUUCUGCUUUCCAUUAUCUCUCUUCAGCCUUGGGAAUACAAAAUGAAAUCACACCACACAGAUGUAGUAUCAAGAAGCAAUAAAAAUUGUAUUGUGUGAUACAUUUUAUAAACAGUUGUGCUCAAACGUUUGCAUACCCUGGCAGAAAUUUGUGAAAUUUUGGCAUUGGUUUUGAAAAUGUGACUGAUCAUGAAUAAUAAAUAAAUUUAAAUUUUAUAUAUAUAUAUAUAUAUAUAUAUAUAUAUAUAUAUAUAUAUAUAUAUAUAUAUAUAUAUAUAUAUAUAUAUAUAUAUAUAUAUAUAUCUCAAAAUACACGUAGAACGAAAUAUAAUAUAUAUAUAUAUAGCAAGAUCCAAAUAGAUUAUGGUGGGGAAAAAUUGUGAUUGAAAACCCCUUCCACCUGAAGUAUGUGGAUAGUUAAUACAAUGCUAAACAAAAAUCUGCACACCAGUCAAGCCAUAAGACUUGCUUUUCCCACAGAAAUUCCAAAUCAGCAGUGAUGUUACAACCGCAAAGGAUUCUGGGUGGGCAUAUGCAAAUUAGUUUAACAAAAAAUCACAUUUUUGCCUCAUUCCAUUUUAAACAUGGAUUCCUUUUAAUUUGUGUUUGCAGUAUACAACUGCUUGGAACACAAUUUAGGAUAAGAUGCAAAACCAGUGAACCACUCAUGGACAGCUGUUUCGUUGUUAAUGCAACUCUUCAGCAUGAGGUUGUGAUUCUUUGUUAAACUAAUUUGCAUAUGCCCACCCAGAAUCCUUUGCGGUUGUAACAUCACUGCUGAUUUGGGAUUUCUGUGGGAAAAGCAAGUCUUAUGGCUUGACUGAUGUGCAGAUUUUUGUUUAGCAUUGUAUUAAAAAAAAAAAAAAAAAAAAUAUAUAUAUAUAUAUAUAUAUAUAUAUAUAUAUAUAUAUAUAUAUCUAUAUAUCUCUCUCUCUCUAUAAUCAGCACACUUGCUUAUUCACGAAACAAUGAUUUCGAAUCUCUAAGAUUCGAAAUAAUUGUUUAGUGAAUAAGCGAGUGCACUGGAUUCUGUAUUUUGUAUAUUUUGGCCCCAGCAGCACCCUAUAAUGUAUGCAUGUUCAGGUGAGUGCAGCCCUCUUGGUUUCAUUAAUAUAUUUGGGAGUCCAGGCCAACUCCUUGGUUUUGCACCCCUCCCUGUCAUAGGUGCCUCAUUUCAGGACCCUAUUUAGCCUUGACUUGCAGAGAGUCCCAGUAAGGUAGUAUUUCCCAAGUAAGUUGAUUAAUCUCAUAAGAGCAAGCAUUAGGCUGCUAGAGUAGGACCUGCCAAGAAUGGGGUACAUUGACGUUGUGGCAGGCUUAUGCAAUAUAUGAUCAAAUAAUGCAGCCCUCUUGGGGGGGGGGGAGAUAGAGAUAGAUAGAUAAAAAAAAAUAUAUAAUUUUUUUGGGGUGUCUUUUGGGGUUUUUGUCACUUGCUCUCUCUGUCUCACUUUAGAUAUAAACUUCUUAGAUACCCAUACAACUAAUAUGGAUCACAUUGCCUAUACUAGCCUCUAGUGAUUCUCACGCUUGUGAUGAUACCUUUCGCUAGAGAACUUUUAUAGGUGUAUCCCGAUGUUGCUGUACCUUAAAUGCCAAUAUAGUCAUUACAUCUAGAAUUAAAAUUGUGAAGGAUGACUUGGCAGGAUCUGAUGAACAGCAAUAUCAGAAUAUCUAUAUAUGUGUGAUUAUAUUGUCACUACUUAUAUUCACCUUUUCAAUAUGAUAAACAUAAAAUUGUGGAUUAUAUCCUCAAUUGAGCGGGUAAGGUGUUAAAUACACCAUCCUAGAUGCAACAUGUAACUGAGUAUCUCUAGCUUGUCAGCUAUUUACUUUUUUCCUUAAUAGCUGAGCUGUCAUUUACAAUUAAGCAUUUAGUUAGGGCAGUGAGUGUUUGACUGACAUAUGGUAACAUGAGCACCACAUAUGAUUGGCUUAUUGGUGCUAUUCCCUAACCAAUUAAGGCUAUAUCCAUGUGGGAGUCUCCCUGUAUAUUUAACUUUUCACAUUGGAUGAGACACCCCCACUAAACGGCUGAUCCUAAGUAGGGUCAAUGAACCCUUGGGUAUUUAAGCAGAUCCUGUAAGGAGAGUGCUCACUCUGCCCCUGACGACGGCGUUAUAAUACACUGAAAUGCACAUCGGGCUCGGUUUUAUUUAUUUUAAUAUGCACUUUUGCACUUGUUAGGUAGAACCUUUUUUUUAUUUUGUGUUGGAGUUACACACAUAUGUGUGUGUGUGUGUGUGUGUGUGUGUGUGUGUAUAUAUGUGUGUGUAUAUAUAUGUAUAUAUAUAUAUAUAUAUAUUAUAUAUGUGUGUGUGUGUGUGUGUGUGUGUUCAGGUAGGCACUAGCUUUGUGCGGUGCUGAGGUAUUAGGGACAGAUGCUAGUUUACUGGCUGUGGGGUAUGGUGGGAAUGGAAUAGUGGUUGCUACAAUAGCCUGGAGAUACCUCCCUUCUGCUUUGAUCCUGAUUAAUCUUCAAUUAGUAGACAUCUAGGGUUUUUUUUUUCUCCUACUCCUCCUCUGAAUGUAGGAAUUUAGACCACUUUCCCCUUUUCUUUAUCACCACUUAUUGAUUCUGCUUAAUAGCAAGAUAUCCCUCUAUAGGGAAAUGCCUGUCUGAUCCCUAUGGUGUUUCCCUAUACCUAACAUAUAUACUCUGUUCCUAUUUGUGCCACUUUCACUGUGAAUAGUAGCUCUAGGCCUUUUGGACUAAUAAAGGUUUUUACUAUAUAUCUUGGCAUGUAAGCUACUUAUUUAGCCUAAGUUGUACCUUUUUCUAGACAUUCACUUCCAUUUGGAGUGAACGCCUUGGAUAUUGUCUUCAUUCCUUAUUUUAGUAAUUAGGGUUAUCUCCUAUUUAUCUAGAACAACUAGGUGAUCUUUUUUUACUAGGAGAUAGUCAGUGCCCUUCCCCAACUUAUGGUUUUAGUUGGUAGGAGACACCCUGACCUGUCCCUUGGUCAAUAUCCUUAAAAUAUAUAUAUAUAAUAUGACCUUGUUACAGACACACACAGGUUAAAAUGGCAAUUAAAGGACCACUAUAGUGCCAGCAAAACAUACUCGUUUUCCUGGCACUAUAGUGCCCUGAGGGUGCCCCCUCCCGCCAGGCUCUAGGGGGUGGAAGGGGUUAUACUUACCUCUUUCUCCAGCGCUGGGCUGGGAACUCUCCUCCUCAUCUGAAUGCACAUGCGCAGCAAGAGCCGUGCGCGCAUUCAGCCAGUCUCAUAGAAAAGCAUUCACAAUGCUCUCCUAUGGACGCUGGCGUCUUCUCACUGUGAUUUUCAGGAAGACAGCCACUAGAGGCUGGAUUAACCCUAAUAUAAACAUAGCAGAUUCUCUGUUUAUAGAAAAAAGGGUUAACCCUAGCUGGACCUGGCACCCAGAUCACUUCAUUAAGCUGUAGCUUUUUAAAUUGCAAUUGGUGUCCGUGUAUAAAUAGCUAAUGAGUUUUAGCUCUCACGUGGAUGUACUGAGGAAGCUAGAUACUAAGCCAUGGGGAGCAGAAAAGAACGGUCAAAAGACCUGCGUAACAAGGUAAUUGAACUUUAUAUGGAUUGAAAAGGAUAUAAAAAAAUAUAUACAAAGCCUUGAAAAUGCCAGUCAGUACUGUUCAAUCACGAAUUAAGAAAUGGAAAAUUCGGGGAUCUCUUGAUACCAAGCCAGGGUCAGGUAGACCAAGAAAGAUCUCAGCCACAACAAAAAACUGUGUGGUUGCUUCAAGGAGCACAAUACGACGAUACUUGAACAAAAAUGGGUUGCCAGAAAGAAGCCUUUACUGCACCAAUGCCACAAAAAAGCCCAGUUACAAUAUGCCCGACAACACCAUGACACGCCUCACAUAUUCUGGCACACUGUAAUUUGGAGUGACAAGACAAAAAUAGAGCUCUAUGGUCACAACCAUAAACGCUAUGUUUGGAGAGGGGUCACCAGGGCCUAUAGUGAAAAGAAUACCAUCCCCACUGUGAACCAUGGUGGUGGGUCACUGAUGUUUUGAGGGGGAUGUGAGCUCUAAAGGCACAGGAAGUCUUGUGAAAAUUGGUGGCAAGAUGAAUGCAGCAUGUUAUCAGAAAAUACUGCCAGACAAUUUGCAUCCUUCUGCAUGAAGGCUGUGUCUGGGACGCUCUUGGACUUUCCAGCAUGACAAUGACCCUAAGCAAAAGGCCAAGUUGAAAAGCAGAAAAAGGUGAAGGUUCUGGAGUGGCCAUCAGUCUCCUGGCCUUAAUAUCAUCGAACUCUGGAGAGAUCUCAAACAUGUGGUUCAUGCAAGAUGACCAAAGACUUUGCAUGACCUGGAGUCAUUUUUUUGCCAAUACAAAUGGGCAACUAUGCCACUUGCAAGAAUUAGGGGCCUCAUAGACCACUAUUACCAAAGACUGCACACUGUCAUUGAUACUAAGCUGGGCAAUACACCGUAUUAAAAACUAAGGGUAUGCAGACUUUUGAAAGGGGGUCAUUUAAUUUAUUUUUUUGUCAUGGUUUGUUUUCUGAUUGUGCCAUUCUGUUAUAACCUCCAGUUGAAUAUGAAUCCCAUAAGAAAUAAAAGAAAUGUUUUGCUAGCUCACUCAUGAUUUCUUUAAAAAUGGUGCAUAUAUUACCAAUUCUCCAAUGCUAUGCAAAGGUUUUGAGCACAACUGUGUAUAUGUGUGUGUAAUAUAUAUUACACACACAGUUGUCUGGGGGUAUAUACAUCAACAGCAUUUAUCAACCAAUGGCAAUUAGUACAUGUACAUUUAAAAAAGGUAAGUUGGCCGUUUAAAACCGGAAACCUAAGGCUGUGGUUAAACUGUAAGUUAAAACUUGACAUCGGUCCAAAGGACAUGUCUGACAAAGUAAAAAUAUGAUACUUUUUUUUUUGCUUUAAGUAGCACAACAAAGUGUUCCUGAAGUUCAAGACCGUAGCAUUUACAGAACAUAAGUGCUUAUCACCGUGUAUAGCAUUCUAAACAUGAAUUGUAAAAUUAUCAUUGUCGAACUAAAUGAUCUGUAUCUAUACCCACCGUCAAAUACGUGCAUAAUAAAAAACAAUUUUUUGUUUUAUGAAUAAAGAGCAAUUAAGAAUAGUAGUGUCCCCCGACACCAUCACCGGUAACUUGUAGGUUCCUGAUUCCGCAUCCCUGCUAAAGAGACCAGCGGUGUAGUAGUAUUCCAAAGUAAUAAAUAUAAACACCAGCUCUACCCACCUUUGGUACCUGGAGUACGGCAAGGGACAGGAAUUUACAAAAAGAGGAGGAAAAUGGAAGUAUUGGUAGAAUAUGUGUAACCCUUGCAUUUAGACUGGAGCAGUAGUCAGUGUGUGCAGUGACAGAUUUUCGUAUAGAUGUUUCGCAACAGUGGUGACAUACCAUAAUUCACAUUAAAUUGUUAAGGACAGAAGGUUGAUAUAAUACCGUGAUGUGGUACACAGUACAGGAGAAUACAUGGCUAUUGCUGUAACGGAAAUACCUGUAUGUUUAAAGGGACACUAUAGUCACCCAGACCACUUCAUCUCAAUGAAGUGGUCUGGGUGCCAGGUCCCUCAGGUUUUAACCCUUCAGAUGCAAACAUAGCAGUUUCAGAGAAGCUGCUAUGUUUACAUUUGGGGUUAAUCAGGCCUCUAGUGGCUGUCCGGAAGACAUAUUUUGCCUCCAUCGCGCAGAGCGUCCAUAGGAAAGCAUUAAGAAAUGCUAUCCUGUGGACAUUUUGAAUGCGCACGUGGCACUUGCUGCACAUGCGCAUUCUGCUCCAGUGACGUCAGCAGGGGGAGGAGAGGUCACCAGCACCGAGGGAGCCCACGCUGGAUUAAGGCAAGCUGCUGAUGGGAUUUUAACCUCCUAGCACUAUAGUGUCAGGAAAACAUUUAAUAAUCUCUACCGACAAUGUAUGCAGUUGGUGUGGGUGUAUGUUGUUUAUCCUGUCUGUUGAGUGCGUAGUGGUCUGUUAGGCGUUCGAGACGACGUUGGUUUCCAAAUGAGGUUAAAUGUUCCGCUUCGUAUUUUUUUAAGAGUUGUCGUCCUGGCACAAAUUGUUUCAGGCGUCCCAGGAAGGGGAAAAAUAUGCUUUUUUGCAUAUCCAUUUUUUUCAGGCCUAUUGACCUUGAUGCGUUCACUGAAAUUUGGGUGUGUGCACUGGUGCCAUCUCAUUUUCUGUGGUUUAAAAGUAUUCCAUACAAAUGGGUAGUUCAUUCCUUCUCUGCCCCUGAACAGGUAGUCAUGGGACACCUGUAAUAACCCCUCCUACACUUAUUCCCACUACACAACCAUGUAUAGCUACCUGUAUUUAUGUUUGUCUGGGUUCUCUGAUCUCUUCAGUAAAUUCUGUUGAAUUCCUUAAUGGGAUGAGUACAGCAGAUGUAAGAAAAUUUAACGCAAAGAUUUAUUUAUUUUGUAGAGUAUUCUAUGCUAUUUUAUAAGUGCCAUAAAUAAGCAAAUUACUACAAAUGUACUAAAAAAAAAUAUGUAAUACAGCACAAUGUAAGAUAGGUGUAUACAGUCCUUUUCAUCUAUUUGUAUACUAAUUUGCCUGGUAUGCAAACUUAAGCAUCAAACAGAAAAUAAAUAGCAGGCAAGUGGGUUAAUAUGUACAUGUGCUCAGAAAGGGGUGGAUUUUAGGGGAUGCUAUUAUGCAGUUUCUGGGAAAUUAACAGUUUUUGGGUUUUAUGUAUUUUCUCAUGCUAGACAAAAAACAAGCGCUGUAAACUUCUCCCGCUGGUGCUGGCAGCACCCCUGGAUGUUGAUAUGGGAACAGUUAUCAUGGUCGGAAUCCCUCCUGAAGCUGAGAUUUCAGACAAGAAAAAGUAUGUCUUAUCUUUCUUGUGUGUGUAGAAGUACUUUGUGUACAUGGUGGUUUUGCACAGGUUGUGUUAGGAGAUUCUCUGUCGCUUUACCUCUGCUUAGAAUUGCUCAUAGUUCCUCCUCUGUACACACUUGUGCAGCGUGGAUAUCCCUAUCCUCCCUGUCAUGGAAAAGGGUCUGAUGGUGGUGCUUCUGCAUUGUGUGACGAUUACUGUUAACCGUUCCGUUCAGAAAACUGUUUUGUUGCCAGUAGUUUCUGGGCACGUUCAAAUAUUCUAUUUGUGCUUUGACAAAGAUUGGGGCUUUCCUGGGCAACUAGAGACCACCCUUUCUUCAGCUGCAUUAUGAUAAUCUAAAUUUACACUUCUGCAUUGCCAGUGUCCAUUUCACUCACACAGGACAGACUGAUUGGCUGGGGUUGGGUCAGCCCAGUCCCAUCAUGGUAUUAAUACUGUUCACGUUGUAUGGCAUUUAUAUGUAAAGUGUGAAUUCUGCAUUAUCAAAUAACCUGUAGUGGGGUCAUUCUUAAGGGUGCUAGUGAAAGCCCUGCUCUGUGUAAAACUGCUUUCAAAUGGUUUCACAAAGAAUGCAGGCACAGUGGCCAGAGGUUUGCUUCCCCCUUUUUUUAAGCUGAUUUUGUUUGCUUAGGAAACCUACUUGGGAAAUUUCACAAAGUGCUGAUCAGUGCAAUUCUUAAGGUCAUCUGUGUUGCAACACUGUAUUUACUGAGCUACAUUUUUAUUUAUUUAUUGCAAUCCUUGCUAUUUCCCAAGGACCAUGAACAGUUUUUUGUUUUUUUGUUUUAUUUCUUCAUUUGGAACCUACUAUAACAGAACCAUAUUAAAAUGUUUGUUUUCUAAUACUCCUAGUUUACUGUAUAAAUAACUCUUUCAUUGUAGGCCAAAUUGACAUCUUGACAAAUUCUACUUUCCAGCUUGGCUGCUUAAAAUUGUCAAUUACCCUGGUAGUUCUACAAUAUGUUAUUUAGUAGAUAAACAUAAUUUGCAUUUAUUUAUUUAUUUUGUGGAAACAUUAAAUGGUUAAACCAAAUUCUUUACUGUCCCAAAUUUAUGUAACGAUUCAUAUUUAUGUCCCUGUGUACCGUUUAAAUGGUUACAGCAAGAACCAUGACCACAUGAUUUGACGUGGUCAUGGUGUUUGAAGUAUGUAUGUGUAGUGUUGCAAUUAAAAAAAAUCUAUUUAUAGUUUGAGAUAUAUCACAUUGCUUCUGGAGAUGUAACUCCAACACUGACAGUUAUGAGCUAAUGUUUAUUCUUUACAUAUUGAGUGUCUUCCGUCAGCAUAGCAUGCUGGCAGCAUAUGACCUAUGGUGGCACAUGCCCAAGUCCUCCACUUAGCACACUUUCUAGUAGGUCCCUUCCCCUGCAAUGAGACAAAGGCAUAGGGCAUCUCAGCACCAGUAUACCCUACCUGCGUUCCGUGCUACCUUCUCCAGGGGCUUGUGGAAGAAGUACAAAUUGAGUGAGCACUUACUAAAAGUAAGGGUGAUAAAGACCAGCAACAAAUCACAUUAACCGUAUAAAAAGAAGCAGGUUUGACACUUCUUAAAGUAGUUUCACUAUGUAUUUAGAAGUUCUUAAUGGAACACUAUAGGCACCAGAACAAUUACAGCUUAAUGUAGUGGUUCUAUCCUAUAGAUACUGUACCUACAGCUUCAGCAGUGUAAACAAUGCAUUUUCCAAGAAAAGGAACUGUUUACACUGCUACCAUAGGCCACCUCUGCUGGCUGUCACUUGGACCGCCACUAGAGGGAACUCUGGUUUUGGUUCUGCAAAAGUUGCACAACAGACAUUCAGUGACUUCAUGCAAAACACAAAGACACUGAAUAGGAAUUGAAAAGCUGAAAGUGUGUUUUGCUACUUUCUGCUUUGGAAUAGGGUAGAGAUCUAUGCAGCAACUGCAAAAAGUUACAGAUUUUUAUUUUGCCUUUAACGUUUUGGGUACUUUUAAUACAUUACAAAUAUUUAAUACAUUAAAUUUGUUAAUAUCAGCCUUUUGACACCAAUUACUUUGACAUAAUACAUAAAAAAUGAUGAUCCUGUUUACCAGAAAAAGUGAACACUUUUUAAUCAUUGGUGUAUAUAGCAAGUAACUGACCUAAAUGUUGGCAAAUCAAGAAGCGAACAAAGUAUGCUGCUCAAGCAAAGACUACAAUUUGCAACUACCAUUGUCUGUUAUGGGGGGAAUCCUGCAUGCAUCCAAGAUAAUGGCAUAAUUAAUUCUUUACAUUAUGGUCCUUUUUGUUUAAUUUUAAAUGCAGUUUUUUCGGCCGAGCAUUCGAGAAAGCAGCAGAGAGCACAAGUUCUCGAACAUUACACAAUCAUUUUGAUAUGUCAAGUAAGUAGACUAACAUGCUGACUCCAGACUAACCAUUUGGCCCAUACUUUUCAUCCUUCCAAGCAUAAUGUGAAAUUGUUCUUUGAAGAUAUGUGGGCUUUUAUGUUUUUCUUUUCUACACCCAACCCAAAAAAAAGUGUUUUUUUUUUUCAAUGUAUUGGAAGACCUCCAUUAACAUUAAUGCAUAGAUACAGCUGCUCUGUAGGUGUUCAUCUGAAUAACGCCAGUUUUCAAGGGAUCUGUUGUGGAGCGAGGUCAAACGGCAUGAGCUCUGCUCGGUGUAACCUCUGCACCCUUUAACCCUUUUUCAGCCAGUCUUGUGGGUUUUUAUUUUUCUUCUUGGUGUACUUAUUGUGGGAUCUUGUAGGUAGCAUUGAUGCAUCCUGUGAGUAUAAAAAUAACUGAAAAUGCACUGUAAUUGGUGAAUUGCAUUACAAUGGAAAUUGAUACUUUUUUUGUGUAUUAUCUGUACUUACACAUUUAUCCUCCCCCCCCCCCUUUAAUCCUUAGUUAUAGAGUUAAGAACAGAAGACCGCAGCAAGUUUUUGGAUGCCCUCAUCUCAUUACUAUCCUAAGGUAAGUGAAAGAACCCAUUAAUAGGGUUCAAAAUUGUGGUUAGUGUGGAGAAAGUCCUCUGUUUCCUGUUUGUUUAGGGUGGUUGUAUGUGAAAUGUUUGUGUUUUUGACAGACUGGGUAUAUUCCAAAAGCCCAGCACCUCUGCAGCUCCUCUGAUAAUUCAGAACUUACAUUUACUCAUCCAUUUCACAUAUGCAUCCAAAGCAGUCCGAAGUUUUCCAGCAAUGCUAGGCAGGGAGCACUGAGGUGGGUUAGCUUAUCACUCUGAGACAAUCAUUUCUUUUGGAAGUAUUGGUGCUUAAUGUGCCCCAUUUAGAAUUAAAUAAAUGAACAGACCAAUAUAUAUUCUCAUUAUUAUUUAGAAUAGGUCUUUACAAAUAGAAACAUAUAACAAGAUUUUUGUUUAUGAUAUUCUAAUGUUUUGUCGAUUAAUGUGAAUAACCGUUAAUCAGAUGUAAAGGAAAUACAUGGGGUUUCUUUAUCUGUAUUUAAUUUUCUCUCGUUUUCAGAAAUCUGUGGAUCACUUAUACAGGCUUCCUCUGUGUGUUGUACACUGCCUUCUACUGUAUAUGAGCCCUUUUUAUAUGUUUUUAUGUCAAUUAAAUUAUUAAAACUUGGAUAUUUCAAAUGUGUAUUCAAUAAAAUGUUUCUAUACCUUGUAAACUGAAAUGAUCUUAAAAAUGUAAAUAAAGAAAACUCUUUGCUCA